AUGAGCCAUCCGCUUACUGGACCUCUCGGCAACUUCCUCGACAGCCGUGGAAUACCGACGAAAGAACUUAGCAAGGUGUCUGAAGAUUGUUGUAUCCUUAUCUUCAAAGCUCAUUCCCAAAGCUCACGCAAGACUUCCUCGUCGAACCCAAGAAAUUUGACCAAUGCCAAGCACGCGGGCAUAGCAAACACUGAUACAAUAGAUGAGAUUCGCCAGAGCCAACAUUCGGAAACGGUUGGAAACUGGGAAUUCCACGCAAGCAUGUGGAGGCCACCGUUGGCAGCUGCCGAUAUUGAUCCCGCGAGAGAACCCAUCUCAGUCCGGAGAAUACAUUCUGCAAUAUCAUACCAGGCCUUUAUAGCCAGGCAUAUAUGGUGUGACCGUGGAGAUUCAGUAAGGAAGCGGGCGUCGGCUUGA